AUGUCGGUCAGCAUGCAUGAAAAUCGCAAGUCUAGGGCCAGUACUGGCUCCAUAAACAUAUACUUGUUCCACAAGUCAUCCUAUGCUGAUAGCGUCCUUACUCACCUAAACCUCCUGCGUCAGCAGCGUCUCUUUACAGAUGUACUUCUCCAUGCUGGAAACAGGUCUUUCCCCUGCCACAGAGCAGUUCUAGCUGCUUGCAGCCGCUACUUCGAAGCAAUGUUCAGUGGAGGAUUGAAAGAGAGCCAGGACAGUGAAGUCAAUUUUCACAAUUCUAUUCACCCAGAAGUCCUGGAGCUUCUUCUGGACUAUGCAUAUUCCUCCAGAGUUAUCAUCAAUGAAGAAAAUGCAGAGUCACUGCUGGAGGCUGGUGACAUGCUGGAGUUUCAGGACAUUCGGGAUGCUUGUGCAGAAUUUCUGGAGAAAAACCUUCAUCCCACCAACUGUCUUGGUAUGCUGCUGCUGUCGGAUGCUCAUCAGUGUACCAAGCUGUAUGAACUCUCUUGGAGGAUGUGCCUUAGCAACUUCCAGAGUAUCAGUAAAAGUGAAGACUUCCUCCAACUGCCAAAAGACAUGGUAGUGCAACUCCUUUCCAGCGAAGAAUUAGAAACUGAAGAUGAAAGGCUGGUGUAUGAGUCAGCUAUCAACUGGGUUAACUAUGAUCUGAGUAAGCGCCACUGUUACCUGCCAGAGCUCCUGCAGACUGUGAGAUUGGCCCUCCUGCCAGCCAUAUACCUUAUGGAGAAUGUGGCCAUGGAAGAGCUUAUCACCAAGCAAAGGAAAAGCAAGGAGAUUGUAGAAGAAUCAAUAAGAUGCAAGUUGAAGAUCUUACAGAAUGAUGGAGUGGUCACCAGCUUGUGUGCCAGACCCCGAAAAACUGGCCAUUCACUUUUUCUUUUGGGUGGCCAAACCUUUAUGUGUGACAAGCUGUAUUUGGUGGAUCAGAAGGCAAAGGAGAUAAUUCCUAAGGCUGACAUUCCAAGCCCACGGAAAGAGUUCAGUGCUUGUGCCAUAGGCUGCAAAGUGUAUAUCACUGGGGGGCGAGGAUCAGAAAAUGGAGUCUCCAAAGACGUGUGGGUGUAUGACACCCUUCACGAGGAGUGGUCAAAGGCCGCUCCCAUGCUGGUUGCUAGGUUUGGCCAUGGCUCUGCUGAACUCAAGCACUGUUUGUAUGUAGUAGGAGGGCACACUGCAGCAACUGGGUGCCUUCCAGCUUCCCCUUCAGUAUCCUUAAAGCAAGUAGAACAGUAUGACCCUGUGACCAACAAAUGGACCAUGGUUGCCCCACUGCGAGAGGGAGUAAGCAAUGCAGCUGUAGUCAGUGCAAAGCUGAAGCUGUUUGCUUUUGGUGGUACCAGUGUUAGCCAUGACAAGCUGCCCAAAGUCCAGUGCUACGAUCAGUGUGAAAACAGAUGGACAGUACCAGCCACCUGCCCCCAGCCCUGGCGCUACACGGCUGCAGCUGUUCUGGGAAACCAGAUUUUUAUAAUGGGUGGAGAUACUGAAUUCUCUGCAUGCUCUGCUUAUAAAUUCAACAGUGAGGCAUACCAGUGGACUAAGGUGGGAGAUGUGACAGCGAAGCGAAUGAGCUGUCAUGCAGUGGCAUCUGGAAACAAAUUGUAUGUGGUUGGAGGCUACUUUGGCAUUCAGAGGUGCAAAACAUUGGACUGCUACGAUCCCACACUAGAUGUAUGGAACAGCAUAACAACUGUGCCCUAUUCAUUAAUUCCCACAGCAUUUGUCAGCACGUGGAAGCACCUCCCCUCCUAA